AUGGCGACCAAGAAAGAUGAGACCAAGCAGGAAGAGCCGGUCGACGAUCGAGACGCCUUGGAGGUGUUGGAGUCGGAGGCCAAGGAGUGGGAGAAGGACGCCGAAAUCGACCGGAUUCUGAAAGAAUUCAGACUCGAUGCAUAUGCCGUCUUGGGACUGAAGCCUGGCGUCCCCGAAUCAGACAUCAAGAACAUGUACCGCAAAAAGUCGUUGCUGAUCCAUCCAGACAAGACUAAGAAUCCGCUGGCGCCGGAUGCCUUCGACCGUCUCAAGAAAGCCCAGACGGAGCUCAUGGACGAGAAGCACCGCCAGACGCUGGACGAAGCCAUUGCGGACGCGCGCAUGCUGCUGAUGCGCGAGAACAAGUGGAACGUGGACAGCCCCGAGCUGCGGACCCCCGAGUUCGACAAGAAGUGGCGCGAGAAGACGGUCGAGGUGCUGAUCGACAACGAGAAGCGCCGCCAGCGCCAGCUGCGCGCCCAGAUGCAGGAGGAGGGCCGCGAGCAGCGCCGCGCCGACGAGGAGCUCGAGGUGCGCAAGCGCAAGCGCCAGCACGAGGUGGACUGGGAGGCCACCCGCGACCAGCGCAUCGACAGCUGGCGCCAAUUCCAGAAGGGCAAGACUGGCGGCGACGGCGACAAGAAGAAAAAGAAGAAGCUGAAGCCCAUUGGCUGA